GCCCUCCCCUCCCCACCCCCCCGCGGGGCGUGGCUCCCGCCGUGGGCGUGGCCGGCGCGGCUGUGGGCGGAGCCAGCCGCCCCGCCCUCCCCCAAGCCCUUCACCUGCCUGGCGUGCGGGAAAGGUUUCACGCGCAGCUCCAACCGCAACGCUCACCUGGCCACGCACCUGGGCCAGCGCCCGCACACCUGCGGCCACUGCGGGCGGGGCUUCGGCCACGCCCCCCAGCUGGCGCGUCACCUGCGGCUGCACCAGGUGAGCCAGCGGCGCUUCGGGUGUGGCCAGUGUGGGCGGAGCUUCGGCCGGAGCGCCAACCUCAGCGCUCACCUGAGGGCGCACCUGGGCGAGCGGCCCUACACCUGCAGCGAGUGUGGGCGGGGCUUCAGCUAUAGCUCCGCCUUCCUCAAGCACCGCCGCGCCCACGGGCUGCAGGACGAGGAGGAGGAGGAGGGGAGGAAGAGGAGGAGGAAGAAGGGCACACCUGGGCUCACCUGUGCGCCCGGGCACACCUGCGGGGCGGGGUUUGCGGAGGGCCACGCCCUGCUGGCGCACCUGCACGGGCACGCUGCGGACACGCCCCUCACCUGUGCCACGCCUGACGUGUGCGCCACGCCCCUCACCUGUGCCACGCCCUACACCUGCGGGGAUUGUGGGAAGGGCUUCGGGGGAAGCUCCGCCCUCAUCCGGCACCAGCGGCUGCACCUGGGCUAGGAGGAACCGGAACCGGAACCGGAACCGGAACCGGGAUCAGGAAAAUUCUGGAACCGGAACCAGGACUGGAACCGGAACCGGGAUCAGGAAAAUUCCGGAACCGGAACCAGGACUGGAACCGGAACCGGGAUCAGGAAAAUUCCAGAACCGGAACCGGAACCGGGAUCAGGAAAAUUCCGGAACUGGAACCGGGACUGGAACUGGAACCGGAACCGGGACCAGAACCGAGACUGGGAAAGAGCCAAAACCAGGACUAGAACUGGAACCGGAACCGGGACUGGAACUGGAACCACUACUGGAACUGGAACCGGGAUCAGGAAAAUUCUGGAACUGGAACCAGCACUGGAACUGGAACCGGACCAGGACCAGGACAGGGAAAUUCUGGAACUGGAGCCAGGAGUGGAACUGGGACCAGAACCAGGACUGGGAAAGAGCCAAAACCAGGACUGGAACCUGGAACUGAACCAGGAUGCUGACUGGAACCGGAACCGGGACUGGAUCUGGGACUGGGACCAGAAAAACUCUGGAACCAGGACCAGGACUGGGACUGGGAAGAACCAGAACCAGGACUGGGACUGGGACCGGAACCGGGACUGGGACUGGGAGCCCUCUGGAACCAGGACACUUCCAGAGCCGGAACUGGGACCAGGAACCUUCCAGAGCCCUCCAGAACCGGGACCAUUCCAGAACUGGAGCCCUCCGGAACCGGAACCCCCAGAACCAGAACCGAGACCCCCCCAGAGCCGCUGGGGCAGGAGGGGAGAGGACUCACGGGGACCCUCCCGUGCCCAGGGGUCUUUGGGGGAACCCCGGGAAUCCAUUCCAGACCUUUGGGAAUCCAUUCCGGACCCCGGGAAUCCAUUCCGGACCCCGGGAAUCCAUUCCAGACCUUUGGGAAUCCAUUCCGGACCCCAGAAUCCAUUCCGGACCCCGGGAAUCCAUUCCGGACCCCAGAAUCCAUUCCAGACCUUUGGGAAUCCAUUCCGGACCUUUGGGAAUCCGUUCCUGACCCUGGGAAUCCAUUCCGGACCCCAGAAUCCAUUCCUGAGCCCCAAAAUCCAUUCCUAACCACAGGAAUCCAUUCCGGACCUUUGGAAA